AUGCCGACCCCAUGUCUCUUCAACACACCUCGUUGCCCACCCGAAAUUCUUUCGGCCAUCUUCAUCUUCGUUGUCGAUAGACACAUCGACGAAACACGGACGCUCCCAGAGCCUACGCAGAGACAUCCUAAGGAUCCCACUGAACUUGUCGCUAACCGGACUGCUGCACCACAAUCACUCACUCGCGUGUGUCGCAGCUGGCGAAACAUUGCGCUGGGCUUGCCUAGUCUUUGGGCUAGAUUCGGUAUCGCCGAUGAUGCUCUCGAGCGGGCCUUUCUCAUGGAUCCACUCGCACACAUGGCUGCGAAGUGCAGCUUCAAGCUGUUCAAGAUUCAAGACUGGCUUGCUCUAUCUCGUGCAGCCCGCCUGACUGUAGUCAUGCAGCGUCACAAAUACUGGAACGCAACGGAGGGCGGACCACUCUUGGCAGAGACAUCCCAAUCGAUAUAUCGCAUGCUUUGCAACCACUCAUCCCAGUGGUUCGAUAUGCAUCUUCUCUGGUCUUGCGCGAAAUCUCCUCAUCUCGAUAUGUCACCGCUGCCCCUCCCGAGGCUAUUUCGGCUGAGCUGCCAUUUUAAUGUCGGGCUGAUAGAUCCAGACGAUUAUCCUCCACUUUCUCGACCUCAAAUGUACACUGGGAAUAACCUCGAAUUUAUGAAUGCGCCGAACCUUCGAGAAGUCAUGCUCAACUCGUUCACUAUAGGCCUCAUCGAUUUCAAGUUGCCCUGGUCGCAGCUCUGCUCGCUCGCUUUCCAAGGCCGCAACAAGAUCCAAGAGGAUGGUCUCUACGUCGCAGACUGUUUAUACGUGCUCUCGCAGUGCGUCAACCUUGUAGACCUCAAGAUUUACGAUGAUGAUAAGCAGAACCCCAACCGAUAUCACUAUUCCAGCGAAACCCGGUGUGCUAAAGAGAUACAGGUCGUUUCUCUCCCUCUUCUUCGCCACCUCAUAUGUGCAACUGGUGACAGUCGCAUUGACCAUGGCGUUAUUCCGCGCCUUCAUCUACCCGCCCUCGAAUCUCUCAGACUCUGGAUCCGGAAUCUGGACACCCUCGAUGACACUAUGCUGCCAAUAAUCGCCGCACGACCACCUCUCCGCAUGCUGCAAAUAGACAACGCGUUCGACCUGUUCUGGGAUGUCUGGGAUGACCCGCAAAACCGAGCCUCCCAUAACUCUGCCAUUAUUCGUGCUGUCCAGGCCUUUCCCGACCUCGUGUCCUACUCCACGAACAGUCUAAGUGCGCACAAAGACUUGUGUCUUCAGUACCAUCCGACCUCUGGGAAGCUCGUAUCUGACAUUGUCCCGGGGCUCCAGGAGCUUUGUCUCUCCAUAGGCUAUAUUUUAAAUGAGGACAAAUGGUUUUUGUGUGAUCUACAUAAUUUCCUGUCAUCACGACGGAGCCGACGUGAUCUAGCGCAAAAAAACGAUGCUAGAGAACUCGGAGUACCUCCUUUCCGACGUAUCCGCAUCGAGCAAUGGGCGGGUGGAGAUAGCAGAGACCUGAUACAGCGGUACUUGCAGGAGUUUGUGGAUGAAGGGUUGGAAUUGGAGAUUUACGAUAGUGGCAUGAACUCGGUCGUAUGGGAGACUGCGGGAGCUCGUUGGCCUUGCGAGGUGUAG